CCGUUGAGCUCUUGGUAUAUUAUACAACCUCCCGAUAGAGCUCAUCCAUUUGGCCUAUUCUCCAUCUUCCUAUCGAAAAGCCCUCUUGAGGGGGACAGAAGCAAACAUGCCUUUCACCGCAUUCAAGACGCCCGAUCCAUACAGAUAUCUUAACGGCUUCAAUUCUUAUCACGAGUAAACACACCCCUCGCCCAGAAACUGAAUUUGGGAGGCUAAGCUCAGCAGGACCGAAGCUAUACCCGGUGCCCUUCCCAUUGGACAAAAUUCUCCACAGAAACCCCCCUACGGGCUCUACGUAGAGAAACUCUCGGGUACGGCAUUCACGGCUCCGCGGGCAACUAACAGGCAAACAUGGCUGUACCGGAUCCUCCCCUCCGCUUCACAUACCCCUUUCGCUCCCGUCUCAACCACUUAUGCGAAUGGCCCGUCCCCCCCGACGUACGAGUUCCGCCAGAUCCCUAAUCAACUGCGAUGGGAUCCUUUUGACAUUGAGCAAUCGGCGGAUUUCGUUCAGGGGCUACAUCUGCUCGCUGGUGCCGGGAAUGCGUCCGUGAGAGAUGGCCUUGGGAUUUACGUUUUCACCGCCGGAAAGGAUAUGGAUAAGAGGAGUGCGUUUUAUAACGCGGAUGGCGACUGGUUGAUUGUGUUGCAGCAAGGGGAAAUGGAUGUCCAGACGGAGCUUGGGCGGUGAGUGGUGACGAAACCCGCGAGAUGCCAGAUUCUUACGUUGGUAGAUUAUAUAUCCGCCCAAAUGAAAUACUUAUUCUCCCUCGAGGUGUUCGUUCCCGGGUAUCCCUUCCCGCCGGACCUAUCCGGGGUUACAUUCUCGAGAUCUCUACAAACGGUCACUUUGAGCUGCCCGAGCUCGGUCCGAUCGGUAGCAGUGGUCUCGCUAACCCGCGAGAUUUUCAGGUUCCACUCGCAACCUUCAUUAGUACCCCGCCAGCGCCCCAAGCCCCUUACACCAUCACCUGCAAGUUCGAUGGGGGGCUUUUCACAGCAACCCAACCUCACACACCUUUCGACGUGGUAGCCUGGCAUGGAAACUACCAUCCGACGAAGUACGACCUGGGAAGGUUUAAUGCCAUCGGCUCGAUUUCUUACGAUCACCCGGAUCCUUCGAUUUUCACGGUGCUGACGGCGCAAUCCUCGACCCCCGGGACUGCAAUUGCCGACUUUGUCGUUUUCCCGCCUCGGUGGUUGGUUGCGGAAGACAGCUUCCGUCCUCCAUGGUUCCAUAGAAAUAAUAUGAGCGAGUUCAUGGGGCUGAUAUCCGGCGUUUACGAUGGUAAGACCUCCGGCGGAUUCAAGCCCGGUGGUGCAAGUCUUCAUAAUAUUAUGGCCGGCCAUGGCCCCGAUGCCGGGACUCAUGAGAAGGCUUCUAAGGCGCCGCUGAAGCCGACGAAGGUGGGAGAGGAUGGCAUGGCGUUUAUGUUUGAGAGCUGCUUCAUGGUCGGUGUGACGGUGUGGGGAUUGAGGUCUUGCAUGAAGAUCCAGGAGGAUUAUACCGUCGAGAGUUGGGCUGAGCUGAAAAGGAAUUUUUCGCCGCCAGAGGGGAAGUGGGGGGAAGAUGAGGGUGGGGAUAGACUUAUCGUUACGGCAUAGGUUGGAGGGGGUAAUGAGUAAUUCGCACUGGAGUCUCUUGCUUGUAGGGGUUAGGUAGUCUGGACUUUAAUGGGAUGCUAGUAGUUUAUCGGUCCUUACUCUUCACCCGAGUGUCAUGCUUGCAGAUUGACGCCUUCACAUGGUGCAUAGAUCCCAGCACACACACGACACAAAAGCUCAAUUGGAAAAAGCUAUUAUGGUGUGUUGCACCCGGGGUGUUGCAGGAGCGCUGGUACAGCCUGCGGUAAAAAAAAAUGGGAAAAUGUGGAAAUGAGACCAGAUGGAUUCCGGGGUUCUGAUUCGAGUAUUCGGUGGCUCGGGCCAAUUGAACAACCGUGUUUCGAACACGCUUUUUCCG